GGGGCGAGGAUGUGGUGGCCGCAAUCGAUUUCUGGCCCCCGGGACGGAAACCGGAAGCGCAACCGCCUCCUGCACUCCCAGAUCAUCGUGAUCAACACCCACAUCCACAAACAUCUUCUCGACACUGACAGACACUAUUUUGCUGCCUGCCGAGUUCGAGAAAUGGGUAGUCUUGAGCAACAAUCAGACGCCAUAAUUCUCCCAUUUCAAGCUUUCAACGGCAUAUACUGUAGUGUAGCCUCGGAUCUUCGCAGUAGUUCGCAAAUACCGAUGUUUUCUCUCUGGCUGUGUGUGCUGGGCACGCUCUCUCUAUGGUUGUCGGUCCUGUGGCCCGGUGCUUAUUAUCUGAAUGAACGUCGUCUCUUCAUGGGUGAUUUGGUUGGAAGGCUUCACAGGCUUCAUCGAUGGGGUGAAUUGAUCCACUGACGGAUAGCUGUGCCAUGCGUCUGGUGGCAUCCUGGGACGGAAAGUGGCACCUCAGAGGUCGGCGUCUUGAGGGUUUCUGGUUGAUCGGGCAGCAUCUAUUUUCUCUAAUUGCCU